AUGUCUGGACUCGAAAUUGUUGCACUUAUCCCGGCCAUCAUCUCAGCAUUUGGGACUAUCUCAGUAGAAUAUAGGGCAUGGCGAAAGCAACGUGAAGACCGCCGCAAUAAAGACCAGAACCUUGCUCUGCAGAAACGUCUAGCGGGCAACGGGCAGACAGUUCAGAAUGAAUACGAUGAGGAUCUUCGACUCCUAGGACCAGUCUUUCAACGGGGUGAUAGCAUUGGACGAGAGUCUUUGAUGCAUCAUCUCAUUAUACUCCAGUCGAGUGUCAUCUCCCUUCUCCGUGAUCGGCAGAACGACAUAUCCUACGUGAGCCAUCCGAACCACGACUCUAUUAAGAACACCACAAUAUCCGCCCGGAAUGGAAUCGUUGGCUCUCUUUCAGAUCAAUAUCAACGUCUUGCACAAGCACGGCCAAUCGCACGACUGCCAGCCCCAGCCCCAGCCCCAGUCUCAAAUUGCUUCCACGAGAUCACCUGCACCACGCACAAUACCAUCUUCGACCGCUACAGCUGUAAUGAGUGUGGGUGGAGUCAAGCAUAUGGUAAAAACUCGGUGAAAGUCAAGACGAAGGAUGGCCAGCUUCUUGAUCCAAAGACGGCCAUUGCUCUCUUCCAUCAUCGAGAACCACUCAAGGCCGAGAAGAACGUGUUUCGAUGUUAUCUUUGCGAGGAGACUAUUUUCCUACCAACGGGGCUGAGGGGAUUUUUUACGGUGACUCUGGAGCCAGGGAGUGAGUGGUGGGUUUUGUUUGAAGAGUUACAGAAGCAUGUAAGGAAGAAUCAUUAUUUCUCGGAGCUUGCGUAG